AGCAUCUGCCAUCAGGCCACCGACACUUGUGAGAUGUGAUCUAGCAUUAUCGCUAACCACGUCGCUGUUUCAGAUGCUAUAUGACGUGCAUUCUUUUGGAUGAUUUCACAUUAAUUUCGAUGUUGGUUACGAACGAACCUUGUAAAAAGGUUCAAAGAUUGGCUGCAGCGUUUACACCACGUCCCAGUAGCCCAUGAUGCUGCCGCUUAUCCUAUAUGACAUUCUCUCCAAACUACCAGGCAAUAACUGGUCACCUAACACCGCGAAGCCGAGGUUCGCCUUGAGCUACAAGGAUCUUCCAUUCGUGACCGUCUGGGUCGAAUACUCAGACAUCCACUCCACCAUGAAGGCCAUCGGCGCAAAGCCGAACAAGCGUCCAGACGGCUCGGACGUCUACACCGUUCCGGUCCUCAGCGACCCAAACACUGGCUCCCUUAUCAGCGACUCCCUUGAGAUUGCCUCCUACCUCGAGAAGACAUACCCCGAAAAGCCCAUCUUCCCAAAUAACUCAGAACCUCUGAUUCGCGCUUUCGACUCGGCCUAUAUGGGCUUGAUUUUCCCCGCGAUGAAGUUCAUCGCCAUACGCUGCGCGGAAGUAUUAAGCCCAGCUAGUGCCAAGUUCUUCAUUCGAGUUCGUUCGGCGGACUUCCCGCCUGAGAUACCUUGGGAUGAAUUAUCUCCCGAGGGCCCGAAGCGUGAUGCGGACUGGGAGCUGCUAGAGAAGGGGUACAAUACUGCGUACAAAUGGUACCAGAAAAGUGACGGAAAGUGGAUCAUGGGCGAGACUUUCUCAUAUGCAGACAUCAUUGUCGCUUGUUGGUUGCUGAUGUUGAAACGAAUACUGAAGGAUGAUGAGUGGGCUAGGAUAAGUUCUUGGAAUGGGGGGAAAUGGGCCCAAGUCCUUGCAGAUGUCGAGAAGGAGUGUAAAUUGACUUAGAUGCCCUGCGUGU